CGGCAGCGGUGACCCAGCGAGGGGGAGGCGGCGGCGCAUCGCUGCCGCUGCAGGCUCGAGUGCUGUGAGAGGCGGAGCCGCCGUCGGAGCAGCCAGGCACAGCAGUCAGACUGUUUGGAUUGCACACCGCGACUUCGGCCAUGGGUUUGUCUGCAUCUACCCCUGCUGUUGCAGUUCAGACUGCAAGUGCUUCCGACGGUCAGACAGCAUCCCCGCCCUCCGGAUGUCCAAUGCAUGAAGGGAAAACAAAAGGCUGUCCAGUGAGCGCAGCACCGUCUCAGUCAGCCUGGGAGCACAAAGCUAACUCUGUGCCUGCCCACCAAGAGCGCGCCUACGAGUACGUGGAGUGCCCCGUUACAGGCGCCGUGGCUGAGAAUACGAACCUAGAUCCUUCGAAUCUGAUGCCGCCUCCUAAUCAGACACCAGCCCCCGAUCAGCCAUUUGCACUGUCCACUGCCAGAGAGGAGUCAUCCAUCCCCAGGGCUGAUUCAGAGAAAAAGUGGGUGUACCCUUCAGAACAGAUGUUCUGGAACGCAAUGUUAAAGAAGGGGUGGAAGUGGAAGGAGGAGGAUAUUAGCCAGAAGGACAUGUAUAACAUCAUUCGGAUCCACAAUCAGAAUAAUGAGCAGGCGUGGAAGGAGAUUUUGAAGUGGGAAGCCCUCCAUGCCGAGGAGUGCCCUUGUGGGCCCUCGCUGGUCCGGUUCGGAGGUAAAUCGAAAGAGUAUUCACCACGGGCAAGAUUUCGCUCCUGGAUGGGGUAUGAGUUGCCUUUCGACAGGCACGACUGGAUCGUCAACCGCUGCGGGACAGAAGUCAGGUAUGUCAUCGACUACUACGACGGCGGCGAAGUCAACAAGGACUAUCAGUUCACCAUCCUGGACGUGCGGCCGGCCCUGGACUCACUGUCGGCCGUGUGGGACAGGAUGAAGGUGGCCUGGUGGCGCUGGACUUCGUAGCCAGUGCUUUGUCGGAGAUGGGAAAAUACCAGCUAUUUUUCUGCAGAGCCAUACAUUAAACUAUUUUCCCCCAAAGUGACUUGCACGCCUGGUGUCGUGGGAACGUCAGGUGGGUGAUGGCACCGUGUUCAUAUUCCUUAGCGAAUGGAGACCAGGCAUGCCCUCCAGGCCCCGCUUUGCCCCUGGCAGUUAAGAGCAACUCGUUUAAGUUUCCUGCCCUCCCAGCCGAGUGGGCAGCAGUCCUGAAAUUUCCCCUUUAACUGCAGCUUUGCCUGUGCAUUUCCUCUCGAGGAGUCUGAACAGCCUCAGAAAAAGACUUUUGAGAAGAGAGCCGCUCUUCCCUUGCUGCCUCCUCCUGGCCACGGCAGGGCCCUUGAGCAGACCCGAGGGCCCACACGGUGUGACCAGGUCAAGUAUCUGAACCCACGCUCUUCCUUGUGAGUGAGUCGCUGGGCUUUCCCAAGUGAGCGGCCUCUCUGAGGUCCCUGCAGUAACAGGAGUGGCCCCUGGAGGAAACGCGGAGGUGGGCCCCGGGACGCUCUCACGGCUGAGGCUUCUCAGUGCUCCGCUUUCCCCUUUACCUGCACUUCAAAGCCUGCAACUUUUGAGAUAGUUUCCUUUUAAUCCCCGUGGUCCCACGGCCGCUGGCUGGUCUCACUCGUUGUGCCUGGCGUUUGGCAAGUUCCCCCAACUUCGAGUCCCCCUCCUCCUGCCUGAAGCCUCCCCUCUCUCCUAGUCUGAACCUGGAAGGCCUGGCUGGCUCCAGCGCCGCCCAGGGAUGGUCCUGCCCUUGAGUGCACCUGGGUUGGCGUGACUGCUGGGCUUCCCAAGAGUCUUUCUGGCUGAGGGAUGAAUGUCUGUGUCAACUCUGUCUCGGGGCAGAGGCUUCCUAGGGGGCUCUGGUUGCCACCCAGACUCUGUGCCCGCAGUCCAGAAGCUGGCGUGCAGCGCGUGUGGCCAGGGACCAUUGGGGCCUGUGUGUUAAAGUAUGGUACCAGCUCCUGAUUUCUCCUGAAGGCCGGAGCGUUAAAUUGGCGGAUGGCAUUUGAUGGUCGGGAGUGGUUCACAUGGUGUAGAUUUUGUCGUCGUGUCAGUCUUGUGUGGAGCUUUAAAAAUCACAACCGGAAACUUAUACAUUUCAAACUAUUUGCGUAUUUUAAAAUAAAAUAAAGCUGAUCAAUACUAGGUUCUGCAGAUCUUUUAAGAGUAACUUGACACUUAAUAAUCGAUUCUUCAGACAGAGGAAAUCUUUG